UUCUAUGAUUCUAUGAGAGAAUUUGCCCCACUCUAGUGUAAAAGGAGGAUGUAGGACAACCAGGGAGAACCCAGUCCCUUGUUUUGUCUUCUGUCCCCAGCAGGCAGUGUAUGUAAAAAGGAAGGCUUCCACAUACAGCAGUUAAUCUCACUAUAGAAAUUGAUCCCAGUUUAGAUUUUCAUUUAGCUUUUAUGUUUUUUCUUCUAAUAGCAUUUUGUGAGGCUGGUUCUUGGCCAUCUCAACCUCCCACUGCUGGGAAACCUGAUUCUGUUUCCUUCUGGAAAAGGAAACAGAUACAGGUACACCACACAAAUGUCAUUAUUUGCUCUUCUAACACCUCUUUGCUGUACUGAAAACCAGAAUGGAUUAACAGGGAAAGUGAGGCACGGGGAGGUAAGGAGGAUAACUCCUGUGCAUCACUUGGCUGUAAAUGAAAUGUUUUGCCUAGCCAAGGCCACGGAAAUUAUUGUUGUCCACUUCAAGGCAGUCUCAGAACUGCUUUGCAUCUCUGAAAAGCUUUUGGCAAAUUUCCUUUCCUGCAAAUGAAGUACCGCACUUCAGUUCCAAUAUCCUGUGUUAUGGUCUGCCCGAGCGUGCCAAGCACAAGCAGUAUCAAUCCACAACUCUAUAGACUCAGGGUGAUCCAGGCGCUCAUGUGAUUAUUAGCAACUUUGCCUUAGAACCACAUGACUCCAGCUCCCACUGAGGCUGACAGAGCUGACUGCACGAACCUCCACAUAUUUAUUCUGUGCAGUGCGUAAAAAUCAGCAGAAGCAAUCAGCCUCUGGAACAGUUUGACUUUUAAUUGCAGCAGUCUUUUGGUGUCACAUCCAGAUCCUCAGUGCCACAGAGCCAACAUUUUGGACCCAAGCUGUCAUACGCACACCCAUCUGGUUUACCCACCAGAUACGGUGGUAAAACUUAAAUUACUGUGGUAAAAACUGCGGAAAAAAAAAUCGCCGGGAAGGCUGGACCUCUCCAGGAGAGGCUGGGUGACGGGGAGCCCUGCUGAAACGCCCGUUUGUUGGCUCUCCUUUCAGCGCCGUGGAACCAGGACGUUUCAAAGCCUCCCGGAGAGCGCAUUUCGCAGGGCUGAGGAAGGCUGACCAGUGAGACUGAGGGCGAUGGACGAUGCACGGAGCGUUGGGCGGCGAUGCGGGCGCUCUGGGCGGGGCGCGGGGCGGGCUGCGCGCCCUGAGGGGAGGCGGAGGGCGGGCCGGGCCCCGCGGGGGGUUAACCGGCCAUUCCAGCCCUCAGGAUGAAGCGGCGCUGGGCUGGGCCGUGGGAGGGGACCGCUGAGAUGAACUGGCCCUCAGAGCUCAAUUAUAGCCGGCUCUGGCCCGCAAAGAGGCUCCGAAGGCGGCCGCCCCAAGGGCGAGGAUGUUCAGAAGAAAUAUUAGAUGAGGCAACAAGGCACCACCUGUUCACAGACACUUUCUGUAGGGUUUGCUGGGUGGUGCUGCCGUUUGAAUCCCAAAGGAUGUCACACUAUGAGGGCAGAAAGCAUGCUCAGAAUGUUUAUCUUUAUGUCCGAAGUCGUGGUAGGAAGGAUGAGAGAAUGAGGCAUGACAAAAAGAAAGAAAUAAUGGAUUGUACCAGUUUUCAGAUGGAUGGAAUGAGGAUAGUAGAGAAUAAGUACUGUAAUAUCUGCAACAUAAUUUUAGUUUCCCCAGAUGUUGCAUUGUCUCACCUCCGGGGGAAGAUCCAUGCUAAAAAGCUGAGGCAAUUAGCAGAAAAGAGAAGCCUGAUGGAAGCACAGAGCAUGCAACCUGUUUCUGAAACUGAAAUGCCUUCAUCAUCUCCAAAAGCAAGCUUGGAUCUGAACUACUGCUGGCUCUGCUGUGUUCCUUUCAAUAGUCCAUUUUCAGCCCAGGAACAUUAUGUUGGUAAAAAACAUGGAAAAAAUGCAGCACGGAAGAAGAUAAUGGAGGAGAUGGGAAUCAUACCUGUCCCUAGAGAAUCCAGAACAACUGGUUCCUUCUUUUCUGUGAUUGGGUUUGGCCAUUACAUAUGCCCUGUUUGCAAUGUUGAACUUACAACUAUACUUGAGUACCAGUCCCACAUGCAAGGAAAAAAGCACAAGACCAAUUUAUGCAGAGCGACAAAGAUUUGCAGUCUCACAAAGAGAUCAAAGAAAACUUACUACUCCUUUCAAGCUCAGGAACCUAUAUGUCUUGAGGAAAGAAUGGAUUUGAGAAUAGCAGAAGAGUUUCAAGAUGGAAACCUUGGUGAGGUUAAGCCUUCAGCCUUUAUCUGUGAACAAGACCAGCAUUCCAGCCUUUUCUCAGAAACCCAGACACCUACAAAUACUGGGAAAAAGAGAUCAAGUCGCUCAUCAGCUUGUGAGCACACACAAGAAAAUACACCAAAUUGUCAGCAUAACACAGCACACUGCAUAGAAGGGCGAGCAUUUGGGGCAGCUGCCAUCACAGAUGGCUUUGGUCUGUCAGCUGUAGAAUCUGAAGAGUAUUGCAAACUUGUGCUCGCUGAAACGUUUAGCAUCUCCUAUAGAAAAGAACAGAAUCUUCAGGUAGAAUAUACUGAGGAGAAAAAGUACAUCAGUGAAGAGUUGAAGUGUAAGAAAGAAGACUCAAAACUGAAAAGAAAGGAAGAUAGUGAAGAUGCAGACUUGGAGAAAGAAAGAAAGAAACGAAAGCGAAUUAAACUUGAUGUAGACUUAGUAAAUGAAAAGACAUCAAGACCUAAUAAAGAUGAGAGGCUUAAAAAAAAAACUGCUAAGAAACAGAGAAAGCGCAUAAAGAAUCAACAGAUGUCCCAGAUAGAGAUCAAAACAGAAAAUGAGGUAUUCUGGGAGGACUCUGACUUUAUAUUCUGGUGAGGGUUUUGAUUAGCUUCAUGAGCCUGCUCCGAUCUUUACAAUUUUGUAUCAUACUAUGGCUGUUGUGGUUUUUGUUGGUUUAUUUCUGCUUUUUUUUUGUUGUUGUUGUUAAGCAAAGUUGAGGUUUUCUUGGAAGUGAGAAAAAGUCUAUCUUCUGAAAAUGGUUGGUAAUAGGCAUGCAUCAGUUUUUAAUUAUGUUACUCAUACAACAGUCAUUGUAGUGAUGCAAACUUUAAAGUAUGAAGGCUCUUCUUGAAAAUACCUCAAACAAGGGUCAGUAGCUUACAGAACACUCUUGGAAAUUCAUCAGAAUGUAUAGUUUUUUUUUCCUAUUAUUAAUGGUGCCUACUGUGGUGGUUUCUAUUUUUUUUUUUUUUUUUUUCUACGAAAGUAUGUAACCUUGGUAAGAUAUGUAAGGGCACUACAUUGCUCCCAGGCAAAGCCAUAUCUGUAACCAUUCCUCUGACUGCUUUUAGAGGAGAGUGAGGAAGGCUUUUGAUCCCAGAAUAAAGCUUGUGACUCAGUGCUCUGAAGAACCAGCAACACUUUGCAUUUGAAAUAAUGUCACCAGACCUUCCUUCAUAGUAUAGGUUUGCAUUGUUGUGGCAUGUAGAACGUAUGUAGGACACCAGUUCAUGUAUUUAAAAGCAAUGUCACAAGGCACCAUUUAGUAACACUCAGUGCCUUCAGGUUGCAGAAAAGCUUUUCCUUAGCCUUGAUGUGGGUAUGAAAGCCAUUAUAUUGUCAGGUUGUACCAUUGGGUAGUCUGUUUGUAGAGGCACCUGUGCUGAGCUGCUGCUUUCAGCAACUCUGCCCAACUGAAACUUUUUGUUGUGGGUUGUUGUAGUGUGGGAUGGGGUAAAGACCAAGGCCCUCAAGCCUUGAAUUGUCUGGUUUGUUUUAGUCUUGCAUUAAGAAGUUGUUUCAAAAGCCUUGAGAAUAAUGUAGUGUGGGCUUUUGGUGUGUUAAUUCUUAUAAAUUUGUUUUGUGGUUGGUUGCAAUCUUGGAUUUAGGUUUCUGGUUAUCUGAGUGGUCAAGUAAGGCCAUGAUGUGGUAUUCUGCAUAUACAAAAGAAAAAGCUCUGUUGAAGGGAAAUAAGUGUGAGUUUACUUGCUUUUCAAAUAAGACUUGUAGUGUUGGAAGUCAGGAGGAGAUUAGCAGCUCUGAUAAUGUAGCAAAAGCAGCAUCUGGGAGUUGAUUUCUAUCAGUGAUCGCUUCCAAAUCUGUAUUUAACUCCGCACUGUCCUGCCCUACCUGGAAAAAAGUACAAGCUACGUGUAGGACACAUGCACAUGCUACUCUAAACAUAACCCUACAUCUUUCUUGGCAUCGAAGAUGAUAAGAAGAUCCUAAAAGAGGUACUCUUGCUGUAUUUUGGUGAAACAGUGAUUAAUCUAUUAUGUAAAUACUGCAAACAGGAUGUAGCAGAUUCUCAUCUAGCAGAAGCAUACAAAAAAUACAGCCCGAAUUUAGAUAAGUGAUGCUCAUUUUUCUGAUGUCAUCUGGUUAUGUGUUUCCUCACUGUCUUGUUCUUAGCCUUUAACAUUAGUUGAUGAUAAUUAUUUCCAAGCCUAGACAUUUAAAAAUACUAGGCAUAUAGGUUGAUGGCUUUAUUUGCCCCUUACUGUAAAUGUCUUUUCUUUUUCCUCUUAGUAGCAGAGGAAUCCACACUGGAAGCUGAUUCUGUUCAUCUUGUUCUCAUUAAAUUUAUCUGUUCUGAUUUGAGAAACAAA